AUGGCGCGCUCACCAACCCGUGACUCCAUCUUCGCCUCCUCGUACUCCUCGUCGGGCUCCUUGUCGCUCUCGUUUCCUCUCGGCUCGUCGUCGCGGCGAGGCUCAAUUGACUCUUUCGCUCACAGCCCCACGUCGUCAACCUCCCGCUCACAGUCAACGGCCAGCUCGACCCACUCCGACGACGACGACGCCGCCGCCACAGCCGCCAUGUCGUCGUCCAUCGAAGCGCAGGAGGACGCCUACUUCUCCUCGAACCCGCCGCCGCGGCACCUGGAGGAGCACGCCGCGCGGGCCAAGGCCUUCAUCGACCUGCACGCCGCCGCGGGCCGCCGCGUCGUGCUCGUCACGUCAGGCGGCACGACGGUGCCCCUGGAGAAGCAGACGGUGCGCUUCAUCGACAACUUCAGUGCCGGGACGCGCGGCGCCACGAGCGCCGAGAAGUUUCUCGAGGCGGGCUACGCCGUCAUCUUCCUGCACCGCGAGUUCAGCCUGCUGCCGUACUCGCGGCACUUCACCCACUCCAAGGACUGCUUCCUCGACUUCCUGCGCGAGGACGAGGAUGGCCGCGUGGGCGUCCGGCCUGGUGACGACGGCAAGGUGCGCGGCGUGCUGCGCAAGUACAGGAAGGCCAAGGAGAAGGACAUGCUGCUCAUGCUGCCCUUUGUGACCAUUGGCGACUACCUGCAUGUGCUGCGCGCCGUCUCGAGGCUCAUGGGCCCACUCGGCCCGUCGGGGCUGCUGUAUCUCGCAGCCGCAGUGUCCGACUUUUUUGUGCCGGCAGACCGCAUGUCGGAGCACAAGAUCCAGUCGACCGAUGCCGUCAAAAGCUUCAAAAGCACCUCCGACCAGAAUGCGCCUGCUCAGCAAAAGCCGCAGCAAAAGCAGCCGUCUGAGUCGGAGGAGGAGGAAGAGGCAUUCGACAACUUUGAUGCCUCGCCGCGCGUCCCGCGCUCGAAGCGCCUCGUCAUAGACCUGGACCCCGUCCCCAAAUUCCUCAAGAAUCUCGUGGACGGGUGGGCGCCGCAAGGCAUGAUCAUUUCGUAUAAACUCGAGACAGAUCCGAGCAUCCUUGUACACAAGGCGCGCUACUCGCUUGACCGGUAUCAGCACCACCUUGUCAUCGGCAACUUGCUGUCGACGCGCAAGUGGGAGGUCGUCUUUGUGAGUCCCGGCCGCGAGGACCGCUGGAUACGCGCCCCGCCGCCGGCGUCGUUUGGACCUAAGGGCUGGGGGGACGCCGAGGGCAGGCCACUCAGGGCCGACGAGCUGCCGCGUGAGGACCCAGACACGGAGAUUGAGGAGCUGAUCAUCCCGGCGGUGGCGGAGUUACAUGACGCACACAUUAAGGGGGCGAGCAAGAAGGUAUGA